UUAUAGCGGGACUGUGGGACUGGAGGCAUUCUGACACUGGGGGGGGAGCUGACUAACUGUCACUGUCAUCCCCAGUGACACUAAUACAGUGAUCAAUGCUAAUAAAAAGCACUGACACCGUACUAAUGACACUGGGCAGGAAAGGGUUAACAUCUGGGGCAAUCAAAGGGUUAACUGUGUGCUGUGUGAGUUUAACUGUGGGGCGGGGGUGUGUACUGCAGGGAACACCACUGAUUGGGAGAGAGAAACUCUUCUGUCCCAAUCAGCUUGUCCUGGAGCUGUCAGGAACUGACAGA